UGUCUGCUCUGCGGAAAAAACAAAGUGAAAUUUCAUCUAAAUAUGAGUAGCCGUAAACACAGGGGACACGAAAAUAUGGAAAAUCUGUGCCCCGUCACCAGAAAACGCUCAAAAAAUAAGAACCUCGCUGUAGGUGCGGGCGCUCUCCUUUCCGUCACAAAAACAACUCGCUACGAAACUUCUUCGCCAUCGGCACUAACCUACGAGGCACUAGAAGAGAUGGGUGUUGGAAUGUUGGACUCCGAGGAGAGCAGCUCAUCAGCCAUGUCGGCCAUUGCACUGGUUGUGAGUACGAGCGAUGACAAUUCUAACGAGACUACUCCGCAUGUCAGUGUGGCUCGUAUGUCGCAUCAGCAACCCCAACGCCUGAGUAUUAGCUCCACAGGCGACACAACGCUGGACAGCAGCGGAAACAACACGAUCCUUGUCGACGAUAUGCAGCAAAAGCUUCAUGCUCUGGCCCAAGCUAAGCGCUCGGCUCUGGGUUCAGAGUGUAGCAGCAACUCGAAUUCCCCCAGCAAACGGACGCGAAAUCCACUAGUGGCAGUUUCGUGCAACAAUCAGUGCGAUAGUGCUGCUCCGCUUAAUAUGCAGCCCUCCACCAGCAGGCAGGCCCUCCGUCAGCCCAAGAAAGCUACUACAAUGCCUACGCCCCAUUUAAUCAACAGCCAACAGGGAAAAGAAAGUUUCUUCGUGUAUCGAACGCCCUCAAUGAGUGCUCACAUCAGCAGUGGGAUAAACUACUUCGACAAGUUGUCAGAUGAAAUUUUACUGGAUAUUUUUAAGUGGCUGCCAAAAAAAACACUCUUGCGGAUGGCGACCGUGAGUCGACGUUUUAACCGAUGUUCCCGGGAUGAAACUCUUUGGACACGACUGGAUCUCGGUUUACGCACGCUUCGUCCAGCUGCCCUCGAACAGAUUGUGCGCCGAGGUGUCUUGGUGCUGCGUCUGGCCCAGGCUAAUAUACAAGAGCCCGCUUUUACUCCAUUGGCCUGCGACUUUAAAUCCCGUUUGCAAUAUCUGGACCUAAGCAUGACUUCCAUUAGCCGAGUGUCUUUGCGCUCCCUUAUGUCCCAAUGCCGACAGCUAAAAAAACUAAGCCUGGAAAAUGCAGAGCUUAGUGAUGAAAUUUGCGCUGAGAUUGCAAAGAACAAAUCCCUGGAGGCACUGAAUCUAACUAUGGCCAGCGGUUUAACGGCCAGGAGUGUGCGACUGAUGAUGGAAUCCCUCACAAAUCUAAGCAGCUUAAACAUUUCAUGGACUGAUUUGAGUGCUGAUGCUGUGACUGCCUUGGUCACGCACAUCUCUCCCAAUGUCAUUCGCCUCAAUGUGGCUGGCUGCCGACGCGUACUGUUUGACUCCCUUUUCUUUACGCUCUCAGAUGUGAAAUCGUUGCAGAGCCGUUGCCCCCAGCUUCUAGAGCUCGAUUUGUCGGACUGCAACAGCCUGACGCCAGCUGCAAUUGAGGCAAUUAUGCAGUUCCAAAUGCUGGAGUAUUUGUCAGUUUCUCGUUGUUACCUUAUUCCUGCGGCUAGUUUUAUUGAACUGAAGGAUAUGUCGUCUCUCACGUAUCUGGACAUUUUUGGAAUGCUGUCGGACGGCGCAAUGGAGGCACUUGAACAGCAGAUGCCCAAAAUGGGGAUCAACAAGUUCAUUCAUAGUUCAGUCUCGCGGCCGACGGUAGGCUCGCGUCGUACCUCGAUUUGGGGGCUUCGCACGAGGGACUAAGCCCCAAUGAAACCUCUUCCCAACACUAAUUAAUUUUUAAGCAGAUCGCCUACAUUUGCUAUCGCCUAGCGCAUUUGUUUAAUUCUCAAUUCAAUGAAAAUAAUUUUAAGACA